GGGCAGUAUUUGGGACAUGACCACACGAUAUCAACUACUAGCAAGACAGCCUGAAUGUUGACUUUUUUUUUUUUUUUGACUUCCUCAAUACCUGUAACAAAUGCGAAACCUGUUACAUACCUUUCUUCACGAGGUGUACAUUUUCCUGUUUUAAUUCGCCGAAAUGCUUGCUAGUCACAGAGCCUGUUUGUAAUUAGCUAGUCUAGUUAGCUAACCUCUUUUUUUUAUUCUUCUAGUAGACCUGACUAGCUGCUCGCUAGUUAACAGUAGUUAAAUGAGUAAAAUAGGUGGGUGUACACACAUUUAGGUGCGCUUAUGAGCGGUUAUUAUAAUCUUUAACAGUUUGCAAAACAGUUUGCCGACUAGCAUUACUUUUGCUGUAGUUUAGCAAAGCCGACUAGCGUGCUAGAUAACAGGGAAACUCAUCGCGGUGUUCAGCUGAAUAAAAACAAACUCUGUUGAAACAUGUCAAGCUCUUGUUUUCUACAAAUGUUUAUUUGAUCCUGGCUCUUCUGUGGGAUUGGACCAGCUGGGCUUGCCUUCACUCCCCACGCACAUCACUGAGCCUUGGGCACCCAUGACCCUGUCGCCGGUUCAUCAGGUGUCAUUCCUUGGACCACUUUUGGAAUGAGACAGAAGAAGUAGAAUAAAAUAAGAAAGAUGGCUGUUCUGCAUCUUUUCUUUUUUUGUGGUCUUCUGUCUUUGGCCUCAUGUGUGCCACCUAUCUGGUCCCAGCCUGAGCAGGUGCACAUUUCCUAUCCAGGUGUGGAGGGUUCAAUGGUGAUCACUUGGACAACCUUUGACUACACAGAAAGCGUGGUGGAAUAUGGCCUGUGGGGUGGGAAGCUCUUCAGUCAUACUGCUAAGGGAAACUCCACUCUGUUUAUUGAUGGAGGCUCAGAGAAGCGUCAAAUGUACAUUCACAGAGUCACAUUGCCAGAACUCAGACCUGGGGCUAAAUAUGUCUACCACUGUGGUAGUGAAGAGGGAUGGAGUGAUAUUCUCUUCUUUACUGCUCUGAAUGAUAGCACAAGUUUUAGCCCUAGAUUUGCUCUGUUUGGUGACAUGGGCAAUGAAAACCCUCAAUCACUGGCCAGACUUCAGAAAGAGACACAGGCCGGGAUGUAUGAUGUCAUCCUGCACAUUGGAGACUUUGCUUAUGAUAUGCAUGAGGACAAUGGCAGGAUUGGGGAUGAGUUUAUGAAACAGAUUGAGUCCAUUGCUGCCUAUGUGCCAUAUAUGACCUGUCCUGGUAAUCACGAGUGGGCCUACAAUUUCUCACACUACAAGAGCCGUUUCAGUAUGCCAGGGGAAACUGAGAGCCUGUGGUACAGCUGGAACAUUGGGUCAGCACACAUCAUCUCUUUCUCCACUGAGGUCUACUUCUACCUCGAAUAUGGCCUAGAUCUCCUCUUCAAACAGUAUGAGUGGCUGCAGAAAGACCUGGAGGAAGCAAACAAACCAGAGAACAGGGCUGCAAGACCCUGGAUAAUCACCAUGGCACACAGACCCAUGUACUGCUCCAAUGAUGAUAAAGAUGACUGCACCAAGUUUGAAAGUUAUGUACGCCAUGGACGCAGUGACACAAAGCCGCCAGCUCCUGGCCUGGAGGACUUAUUCUAUCAGCAUGGAGUGGAUCUGGAGCUUUGGGCACAUGAGCAUACCUACGAGAGACUAUGGCCUGUGUAUAAUUACAAGGUGUUUAAUGGGAGUGUUGAUAAGCCAUACGUGAACCCUAAAGCACCUGUGCAUAUCAUUACUGGCUCAGCUGGGUGUCGAGAAAAGCACGAUGGGUUUAUCCCCAAGCCCCGAGACUGGAGUGCCUUCAGAAGUACUGAUUAUGGCUACACACGCAUGCAUCUCAUCAACUCAACACACAUCUACCUGGAGCAGGUCUCUGAUGACCAGUCUGGAAAAAUUAUAGACAGCUUCACACUGAUAAAGGAAGUUCAUGGGCCCGAGGCCUGUCUCUGAAGACUCCAUCAGCUCUGAGAGAGUGAGCACAAUCAAACUUUCAGUCAGCAAAUUGAACUUUAAUACCACAUGUGCUGGGUUUUAGCUUUGGAAAAUGAAUAAAUGGAUACUUAAUGAAAAUUGGACAAUAUGCAUGAGUGCAUGUGAAGAUGAAAAGGAGAUGACUAUUCCAACUGAAACUCUGUCUUGCCAGAUUUACAGUGAGCAAUGUUAGAUAAAUUUACCACAGUGAUGUGGUUUUAAAUUAAAUGCAUCAAUCAUUUGUGCAAGAGACUAAAUCUGAUAUAGAUUUUCCUUUGAAUGAAGGUACCCCAUGAUUCUAGUCUUACCUCAUUUUGUCUAUUUUUUAAAAUGAUUAUAUAAAGAUUAAUCCUAAACACAUUGUUGAAACAUUUUAUAAUCAUUUAUUAAAUGAUUCUGAUGAUCUGGGGAGCUAUUAUGUCUCUGGAACACUUGAAACUCAAUAAAUCUUCCAUUUUUUAAGACA